UUUAUUUCCUGCAGGGCCUGCCAUGGAUCUGAAGGCUAUCACUAUGUUGAGGAAUAAGCUCGACAAGGAGCAAAAGAAGAAAGCGGGGAAGCCCUCUACCCAGAAGCCUGUCGACGAGUUCUUUCCGAAGGCUGAUACUAUCAAGGCCCCAGUGGACGAGGGGUCUUUUAAGAAGGAGUCCGCUGCUGCUGACGAUGUCGUUGGCUCUGACGCCGGGGGUUCCGCUGCCGAGGGGCAGAAAAAGAAAAGAGCCGGGAAGGGCGCCGCGCCUCCGGAGAAGAGGCAGAAGAAGGGGGGCGCCGAGAAAGUGGGGGCCCCCCUUGUGAUCAUUGAUGAGCAGGCCCCGGUGGUCACUCCUCCUCGCUCUCCCCCAACUCACGCUGACGAGGACCUUCGGGAGAAGGAGGUCAUCCACUUCCCCAUCCAGAAGGGGACAGCGGUGAUGCACUCCACCCUCAACCCCAUUGAAUUUAUGAGGGGGGUGAUGUCACCGAAAGAUAAGCUGGUGCUAUCCCGUCUCGAGGACGAUGUUCUUGAUUACAAGAUAGCCAGUUACAGCACCAUGGCGGCCCUUGGUUUCAGCGAGCAAGCCCGAAGGGUGGAAGCUUUAAGAAUCGCCAAAGGCCAGGCUGAUGAUGGCAUGAGGAGGCUGGCUGAAGAGCUUGCCGAGGCUAAGAAGCAAUUAUCCGAGGCUAAGGACACCCUCCGGGUCGAGAGAGAAGGGAUGGCCAAAAGACUCGAGGACGCCAAAGCCGAGGCCAGAUCCGAUGCAGAGAAGGUUGCGGCAGAGGCUGCCAAGAGGGCGGCCGAGGAGGCUGAGGAUGCCAAAGCCGAGGCUGUCUCCAAGUCUGGAAAAGAUGCCGUCGCCUCUUUUGUUGCCGAGGGGUGGAAGGCAAACGAUCAGAAGGCCUGGAGGGACAUGGUCGUGGGGGCGGAAAUUGACGAAUGGGUCAAGGGCCCCGGCUCUGAGUGGCUGGCUUCGAAGGGUAAUGCCUAUUGGCAGGGAGGAGAGUUCUUCACGCAGCGUCUCAUAUACCGGAAGCUUGCCCAACAUUUCAACAUCCCUUCUGAGAGUUUUGACCCUGCAGCUUAUGGUCUACCCCCUCGGCAGCCUGACGUCCGGGUCCCACUUCCGGAGGGAGAAGAGAGGCCCAUUCUCCACGACUCCGAGUUGCUGAGGGAAUGUGGUGGGGAUGAGGAAGAGGCUGGGGACGGUGCGACUUCGAAGGAUGCCGAGGAGGGUGACCAAGUAGUUGACACUUAGGAAAAUUUUCCUUGUAACAGUUUAGCAACUUCCGGCCUCGGCCGUCUGUGAACAAAACAUCUUUCGUAUCCCAUCUGUUUUUUCUUCCUUUGAAUGAAUGAUGUGCCUUCGGGCCUUUUAUGUACGAAUGAAUGCCUUUGUCUCUUCUAUGUUUGUGCAUGAUUGUAUGUUCUCUUUUCCCUUGCCUGGUUUCCCGGAG